AUGCAUUGUACUAUGACGUCGAACAAAAAUAUUGAAUUCAUAGAUUUGACAAAAGAUGAACAAAUUCAAGAAGAACCAAUAAUGAAUAAUCAAUGUCAAUAUACUUUUCGAAUUCUAAUUGAAAAUGAGAUUUCAUCAACAGCAAAUAUACCAAAACCAACUCAUAGUUCAAUUAAUUAUCAGCAAACAUUGAAAUCAAGUAUUCACAAUGAUCAAACGAAAAAACUUAAGUCAUAUAUCAAUAAAUAUAUGAUCAUAGAUUGUCUAAAAGGAUUACAAAUGUUACCGAAUAAUUCAGUUCAAUGUAUUGUUACUUCACCACCCUACAAUAAACUUGAUCUUCGAGAAGGUCGUCCGUAUUAUGGACAAAUUAUUUAUGAUACAUAUGAUGAUAAUAUGAAUAUCAACAAUGACAAUUUAAUCAAAAUUUUGAUUAUUUUCGUUCAAAUCUUGAAAACAAUUUUUUGGUUAACAAAAUCUUUCAAUGAUUGUUCAUUACCACUAAAAUUUUAUCGUAAUAAAUUACUAGAAUGUUUUAAAAGUUCAAUAUGGAGAAUAGCAUCUGAUCGAAAAAAUUCACAUCCAGCUCCAUUUCCACAAUUAUUAGCUGAAAUUUGUAUUUUAGCAACAACUGAUCAAGCUGCAGCAAAUCUUAAACGAUCAUUUCUUGGUUUUGAUAUUAGUAAAAAAUAUCAAAAUAUGUUUCAAAAACGAUUAACCAAUUCAAAUGCUCAAGUCAAUCUUUGGAAACAAAUGUUUGUCGUAGAAAAAAUUCUUGAUCGACGAAUUCGAAAUGAUAGUAUUGAAUAUUUAUUAAAAUGGAAAGAUUUUGGUCAUGAUCAAAAUAUUGUAAGUUGA